AUGGAAGACUACCAAAAAAAUAGUAAAGAAUCUUGGUCCAUUUUAAAAACUAUUAAAAUAGCCUCUGAUCGGCCGAGAAAUCUAUUUAAAAGGGUAUAUCACUGCCAUUUUAAGACGAGUACACGCAAAGUUACAAAAGGAGUUCGAAAUAAGCGAUCUAAAAAUAUCAACUGCCCUGCACAAUUGUUUAUAACAAUCCAACGAUUUAUUAAAAGCAAUAAAGUAUCAACUGUAGAUCAAGAAUAUCCUUGUUUCGUCGAAUUUCGUAAUAAACACAAUCAUAGGCUGGACGUUGCUGAAGCGCUUCUCAGAAAGACCUGUAGGAUCUGA